AUGUCCCGCCUAGAGUUCGCCAGAGUGCAGAAGCCUCUAGCAGUCCCAGGACGAGACUCUCUCGAACUUGCAUCACUGGCUGAGAGCGAUGGGGAGGAUGCCGACUCAGAGUUGUCUUCAGUUUCUGGUGCACCAUCGUCACGACGACUGUCCUUCGCGAAUGACGAUCCUCUAGACAACAACAACCUGGCAGCCGGUCGAGCUGGCCGUCUGAACAGAUCCUAUUCUGUCUCCUCCGCCUUCGAUUUUACGCCCGCCCUGUUCCCUCUUUCCUCUACCGCUGGCGGAUAUACCGCUAUAGGUGCCCCUACCACACCUACCUUCGAUCGAGGCGGCGCCAUAGAAAAUCUCGAGAAGCACAAAACCCUGACCUAUCUGAAUGGUCUGUCCUUGGUCAUUGGACUCAUAAUUGGUUCUGGCAUCUUCUCGUCUCCGUCUCAGGUUAAUCUGCAUGUUGGUUCACCAGGAGCUGCCCUGGUGAUAUGGACCAUCUCUGGCUUGCUAGCAUGGACUGGCGCUGCCUCCUAUGCUGAGUUGGGAGGCGCGAUUCCGCUCAAUGGAGGAGCUCAAGUAUAUCUAGCUAAGAUUUUUGGAGAGAUGACUGGCUUCCUCUUCACCUGGACCGCCAUUCUAGUCUUGAAGCCUGGAAGUGCUGCAAUAAUAGCCAUUAUCCUGGGCGAGUACAUUGUGCGUGCAGUUAUAGGCGCUGAGGUUGAAGAGAUCAAUCCUUGGAUCAACAAAGCUCCUGCUUUUGCCGCCCUUCUCAUCGUUACAUUCAUCAACUGUCUGUCUACUCGGUUGCCUGCCCGCGUGGGCGAUGGUUUCAUGUUCUUCAAGUUUGUCGCUCUGGCUGCUGUGACUAUCAUCGGUAUUGUCGUUGCGGCCACGGGACUAUCUUUCAAAGGAAGUGCAAAUACGGAAUGGAAGACGACAGGCUGGUUCGAGCAUACUUCUGACAACAUUUCAGAUUGGGCUGUAGCACUCUACGCAGGUCUCUGGGCUUUUGAUGGCUGGGAUAAUACCAACUAUGUCACAGGCGAAUUUAAGAACCCUUCCAAGGACUUGCCGAGAGUGCUACAUACUGCCAUGCCUGCUGUCAUCCUCUGCUACUUGCUAGCCAACGUCUCCUACAUCUUCGUUCUACCUUUCGUGGAGAUGAACAAGUCAAAUGCGGUUGCUGUACAGUUUGGAAGCAAGGUCUUUGGUCCAAUCGGAGCUCUACUGCUGGCGGUAGUCGUCUCAUUGUCAGCUUUCGGUGCUCUGAAUGCAACGACGUUCACUUCCGGCCGACUGGUCUACGUAGCUGGACGUGAAGGUUACCUACCUGAUCUUUUUGGCCAACUUGGGUUUUCCAGCUCCUCCAAUGAGCCACAACGUUUUGUGCCCAACAAACUUCGAACUAGAACCCCUCUUACCAAGGCUUGUCAGAACGUUCUUGGUGAUAGUGAUGGCACCCUCUUCCUCACACCUCUUGCAGCCCUGGUACUCAAUCUCGUCCUGACGAGCGUCUAUAUAGUCAUCGGCGAAUUCAAAACACUAAUCACGUUCUAUGGCUGUGCAGGUUACAGCUUCUACUUCCUGACUGUGCUUGGCCUAAUUGUCUUGAGGAUAAGAGAGCCAAACUUGGAAAGACCAUACAAAACUUGGAUUACCACCCCAGUCAUAUUCUGCUGUGUCAGUUUGUUCUUGGUGUCGAGGGCGGUUGUGAACGAGCCAGGACAAGCGGCAGUUGUGCUUGCCUUCGUGGUCGCAGGUAUACCGAUCUACCUUUGGCGUGUAGCUGGUCGCGAUGGAAGGGGUGGUGUCAGAAGGACAAACGAUGACAGUUCUUGGAAGUUUUGGAGACGUUGGGGCAGGACUUGA